AUGCUACUCAGAAUCGUUGGCCUUCUAACCUUGGUAUCUACCAUUACUGCGCUGACCUGCUAUUCGUAUAUGCUGACGUCGGCGAUUUCGGAUAAUACCCGGCCGUUGAUUGAGUGCCCACCAGAUGCACAAUAUUGCCUCAAAAGCUACCUCACGUUUUUCGAUGCCUACGGCAAUAGGAGCUACACGGAAUCGCAUAGUUGCGCGUCGGCUGUGAAUUGUCAGGCCAACGGCUGCCAGGGCAAUAGCCAAGACCUAAUCUGCUGUUGCUCAACGGACCAAUGUAAUUCCGGCACGUCUAUUAGUGUGUUGACAACUUUGACGGCUAUUGGAUUACUGUAUUUCCUAUCG